AUGACCAAACCAACCAAAUUCAUCGCGCCCUCUAUCAUAUGGAGUGCUUGGAAGACACUAAAAGGCACAUAUAGUGCGACAGUUACAGUGCCAGAAAUUCUGAUCACUGGCUCGAAUAACGGCAUUGGGCGUGAAGCUGCGGUCCAAUUCGUCAAACGAGAUGCAAACUUGAUCUUAGCGUGCCAACAACCUCCAUCAUACGAGACGCACCCUGGACAGGUUAUCGAGGAGUGCAAGGCGGCCGGGGAAGCGUACGGCCAAUAUCAAAUAGUCGAAUGGUGGGAAUGCGACAUGGCGGACCUUUCAUCUGUUGAGGCUCUUGCAAAGAGAUGGAUUGAGAGUGGCAGACCGUUGGAUGUGCUGGUAAACAAUGCCGGUAUGUCACAGAGAUCGGGCAAGGUUGUCUUGACUAAAGAUGGAUUCGAGCUCUGUCAUCAAGUCAACUUCCUUUCCAACACAUUGUUGACUUUGAGAUUACUACCUUUUAUCGCGAAGGCCCCUAGCCCGCGUAUCAUAUGCACUACAUCCUGCUUCCACUACCUGGGUAUAUACGACCUAUCGAACGUCAAUGCUGGAACUAGAGCAUAUUCGGACAACAAGCUAUAUUUUCAGAUUUGGCUCAGUGAUCUGCAGCUACGCCUGCUUCGUCAUCCUGAUUAUGAUCAUAUUGUUGUGCAUGGUGUUCAUCCAGGCUAUGUUAAGAGUAGUAUUUCCAAGCCUGUUGACAAGUCUAACACUACACAGGGCAAUAUUGACCCAGUUUUCUGGGCCUUAAGUACACUAUUCAUCUGUUUUGCUAUCGAUUCUUACCAAGGCAGUUUGGCCCUAGUCAAUGCGGCCACUAUGCCUGAGUUUGGAUUACAAGCAGCUGGCACGGAUGAAUUCAGGGGCGGUGCAGGGUACUUCAACCGCAUAUGGAUGGACGAUCCAAGCCCCUACACUCGAGAUGCCACAUCUUGA